CUAUUAUUGUUGGUUGUCCAAUAUGAAUUUAUACAGUAUGUCAUUUUUUACUGCAAAAUAAAUCAGAUUUAAAUCAUGUCUGUAAACUUAAUGAAUUUUAAAAAAUGUUGAGGCUGCUGAGCUCGGGAAGUGAAGAAGAAGAAGAAAUAAUUCCUCAAGUUGCUAAAAGGAAACGAUCACGAUCCGUGCUCAAACUUAGCUCAGAUGAAGAUGACCCAGAGGACACUGCAGCACAAUUGGAUAGUACGGUUACAUCAACAGAGCAUGAUGAUUCAGCCCAUCGGAAGCAAUUUGUGCAUGGUGCAUCAACUGCAAAGACAUAUCCAUGCUGUGUUAUAAAAAGAAGUGAUGUUUACAAAGUAAAAGUGCAGAAGAAAAACAGUAAAAAAGUUCAAGUUGGACUAGAAGACAAAAAAGACGUGAUGUUGCAAUCGACUCCACUUUCCUUCUCAGUUCAAGUUCAUACCUCCAGUGACCAAAAGGCAGAAUGGUCACAAACUGAAUGCCCAGCAGGAGAUUAUAGACUGCUUGUGCCAGUAUUGAUACCAACGUAUGUUCCUCUUCCAUCCAAAAUGUUUACCAAAAGUGUUCCUGUGCCGUAUGCUGUUCCACUUCCAAUUCCCAUCCCUGCAUUUCUACCAACUCUUUGUAAAAAUGAAGAGGAUUUUUUAAGCACUUGUCAAUCAAUUAAAAAAGAAGUAUCAGAAGAUGUAUUGGAAACAGAGUUGUUAGAGAUAGCAGACGCUAUAAGAACCUGUGCUCCACCAACGAAUAAAAAAGCACUUCCUCUAACUGACAGGAUUGAUUUUAAUCAGUCGAGCGUUUUGGAAUCAAAAGGUUUGAAUUCCACACAAGAAAAUUCCACCAGUUUAGGUCUAUUGUUUGUGGAGACUGCUACAAAUGACAGCGAUCAUAGUCAAAACAACAAUAACGCGAAGCAAGUAAAACAAACUACAAAAACCAAAACUUCUACUUCCAAUGCAAGACAAAUGUCCAACACCCAAAGUUUUAAACCUUUAUCUCGACAACUAUCUGCAAGCGUUUGUAGUUCUGUGCCAGUUAAUAUCAGUAGCCCUCAUACCAACCAAUCUCAUAAUGUUGAAAAGAAUUUAGGUGUAAAACAUCAUCGUAAACAACAAAGAAGUUUGAGCACUAACUCUCAAAAUAAAAGUAUGAUUAAUGACAAUGUCCUGACCAAUUUUCCCUUACCUCGAAACCAAUCUACCAGCAUAGGCAUGGCUAAUCCAACUCACAGCGGUGCUGUUAAAAGAAUGCAGUUUCCAAUGCAUUCCGCUUAUUCCAACUCCCAAACCUCCACAAGAAACUGUAAUAUUUCUGCUAUUAACUAUCGUGAUUCAACUGCGUGUAACAUGAACUCUGGUGCAGUAGUCUCACCUGAAGCAGAUUUUCAGGGGCAUUCCUGCAUGAGUAGAGUGCCUUAUGUAAGAGACGAACGUUUUCAACAUGGUUACCCAACCUCAGUUGAUCUCCUUGAGGAAGCUGCAGCAUCAGCACUUAUGAGGCUUCCGCGCGGCGAAUCAGGUUGGAGAAACAGCAACAAUCAAUCUCAACAAAACACAGAAAAGAAAAUACCAAACUUACCUGUGGUUCACCGUCAACCUCCCAGUACCAAGCAUAUACACAGUGGUCAAUACCAUUAUCAAAAUAUUCCUAACUUACCUGAAAAUCAGCAACUUGUUAAUUUACCAUUGGGUGAUUCUUAUUUUCAUGGUGCGACUAUGAGACACUUAUCCCCUAAUGAUCCAGGUGCUUUAAAUCGUAUUUACCUACCUACAUCAUUAUCAGAAUACCAAGCACCAGCAAGUAGUGUAUUUCAAAUGAGACCGCCACACAAUAGACACUCAGAAAACACUCCCAUAACACAACAACACAGGUAUUUCGAUAACGCUCCAUUAAGUAGAAUGCAACACCCUCCAUCAAAUGAACCAGUAUUAGAUACACCUGAUCAAGUCAACUUUGUUUUACCACGCUUCCUUCAGUAUCCACCAAGGUGACAUUAAUUUAAGGUACUUUCCUUCUUUGUCACCUCCGAAACUUUAUUUUUACUUUUUUUCUUCAAGAGUGUUGAGUUUUACUUGCAUAUAAGUUGACAACUCUUUCAUUUUAUCUUGAUCAUAUUUUAUAAUUUUUUAAAUGUCAUUGUAUUUUAAGCCAAAAAAUUGCUUAACUUUUACAUUUAUUGUAUGAAAUAAGUGCUGUUCAGUUUAAUCAAGUAAUGUAAUAGUAACUGUUCAUACCAAAUGUACUAAUUCCUUUCAUUUUAACGCAAUAUUUUUUUGAAACAAAUAACACUGGUCAUAGCUCAUUCAAAAAGGUGGAAUUUAUAAACAUGAUUUGUAUAUU